AUGGGUGUUCCCGGACUUUGGAACUUAUUAGAGCCAGCUCGUCGACCGCUCGACCUCGAACAGUUAUCCGGCAAGAUAGUUGCUAUCGACAUGAAUAUUUGGUUGCAUCAGGCUGUGAAGUCCCGCGCAUCCACCGGUGGACCUUCAAGAUAUUUGUCAGUUUUAUUUCGUCGUUUGUGCAAACUCAUUUACUUUGGCAUCCGGCCAGUGUUCGUGUUCGACGGCGAAGUUCCUACUUUGAAAAAGUCCACUAUAGCCGCCCGACGCCAACUUCGCACGCAGCUGGGAGAAAAGGCUGAGCGAGCCGAACAGCGCAUGCUACGGCGACUGUUGAGGCGCGUCGCAGAAUCAGCCGCUGAAGUACAUACGCCAAAUAGUAGUGCCAACUCACAUGGUGAAGCCCACUCCAAAGGCCCGGAACAAGCAAAAGUGGCCCUAUUGCAACGUCUCGCCGGUCGGCCAGAUGUGCAAAGAGCGAAAGAAGACGCGCAAUUGUUUGACGCUCCACCGGGCAAGCUGGAGUCGAAGAACAACGACAGUGCGCUACUACAUGAAAGUGCUGGUCUGGAGUUCGAUGAUCUUGCUCGGGAUUAUUUAGACAGUGUGAAUCUGUAUGCGCCCAGUGAUGGACAAAAUGAACCCCUUGAUCUACACUCACCUUCUUUUUGCGCCCUACCCGUCUUGGCCCAACUCAGAGUGAUCCAGUUAGCUCGGGAACAGCUGGAGUCCGGAUUCCGUAAAAAUUGUCAGCAACAGUUAGAACUUGAGAGAGACAAUGAGGUAUUUUCCGCCAACCAAGUGCAUCGGCUGCUCCUUCGACGCCGUUUGGCUGAGCGGCAUGAGGAACUUUCAGUUCAGAUCGCCAAAGCAGAAGCGGCACAUCAACUCGCGCAGUUGAAUAACCCUCAUUUAUUGGACGCUCUCCGCCCUUGUUUGAAAACCAAGAAGAAAGAUUCUGAGACAGUAACGAGCGCGCUCAGAAUCCAAUCACGUGAUACAGGCCACGCCAUCUUAAUCAAGAAACCAUCACCGCAAAACCGGUUCGCUCUGAAUCGGCUUAUUGAAAGAGACAAACUGGAUCUCAACGCACAGGAUGUAGCUACCGACAAAGAACAUUUGAAUGAUGUUCUUCAGCAAAAUGAUGACUUAAAGGACGAGGUGCAAUCGACGAGCUGCAUAUCUGUCGAACCCCUUGUUGAACACGAAGUGAAACCUGAGUCUGUCCCAAGCUCAAGCUCCACAGAGCUUAUGUCAAAUGAAGAUACCUACACCGAGCAUUUCUCAGCUGUGUCUUCCGAAUCGACCUCUUCAGAUGAAGCGUCGCACUCGUCUUUUCAAAUUGCGCAUACUCAGCUGACUGACUUGAGCUGCCUUCCAGCUACUCCCAACCUCUUUGACAAUGCUGACGUUGGGACCACCGGCGAUUCCAUUCCUACCCCUGAAACACUUGUUCCUUGCGCAAACGAUUCCGUUCCACGCACCACGCGGCCGAAUCCAAAAGCUUUCUCAUCGGUUACUUCGUGCAACACUUCUCUUCAAAUUAAAAAUAGCAAGCUCUUGACGAACGAGGACGAUGAAGUCGAAGAGGAUUUUAUCGAAGUCUCAGAGCCACCUAUCGCUACUCCAUCCUCUGAUGAAGCAAGUAACGAGCGAACCGUGUCGAGCGAUGAAGAGAGCCAAUCCAUCUCUACAGAGCGUGAUAUCACUGCAGGUUUCACUUUAACUCAAAAUUGGAUCGAAGACGCCGACGAAUUCCGUCUGGACGACGAGGUGCUACGUGAACAAGCGGACAGGUUCGCCCGUCAGGCCCAAACGACCACAACACGGUGCAUAGAGGAGGCGCAACAAUUGCUUCGCUUGUUUGGAGUUCCCUUCCUCAUCGGCCCGGAAGAAGCGGAAGCCCAGUGUGCCAGUCUGCAGCGCUCCGAUCGUGUAGACUUUGUGGCUACCGAUGACUCGGAUGUGUGGCCGUUUGGUGCUCAGAUCGUGUGCCGUCACCUGUUCGGUGAUUCUGGGUCCAAUAAAUCGAAAACAAAAAAUGGGAAGAAUUUCCUCCGUUUUCCUUCAUUAUAUCUCCUAGAGGAUGUGCAGCAGCGUGUCGGACUUAACGUGCCUAACUUUCUCCGAUUGGCUCUACUGUGUGGCAGUGACUACACUCUCGGUGUGCAAAACGUUGGCCCCGUCACCGCAAUUGAAAUCCUCAGUGAAUUUGACCCACAAGAAAAUGCCUGUUCCUCCGACUGGCACUCCUGGUUAAACGGGUCCGACGCAUCAGAUGAUCUGGUUGUCCAAGUGAUUGAGCCACUGCACCGCUUUGUUGCCUGGUGGAAAGUGGCGACUGCGUCCGGAGACCCGAAGACGUCUACUGCGAGUCCCUUGAAAAAGAAAUGGCUCAAAUUGUCGCUUCCUCCUGGAUUUCCCGAUUCCCGCAUCGUCGAGGCCUAUCUCCGCCCAAAUGUGAUGACUCACACUGAUCCAUUCGUUUGGAGAGCACCAGACGUCGAAUCGCUCGUCAGAUAUCCUUUUCAAGUGCACUCUUCACUGUUGGCCUCAUGUUUUCUCCAGUGCUUUUUGUAG